AUGGACGGGACUAUACCAAACGGUACCGAGCAGAACGGCGUAAAACAUGGGCGGUACUCUAUGCUGGAGGAGACCGAAAACACCCUCGAGACCCUGAUCCAACUGGCCAAGGACCAGAUACCACAGGAGUGUCGACGAUUGAUCACCAGUGUUACGUUCGAUACCGCAAACACAGGCAGCCCGUACUUUCCAUGUCCGUUUAAAGAGACCGAGGCAGUGGCUGCCCUGAAAGCGGUGGAGGCGGGCAUAGCAGCAUCCAUUGCCAAUCUGAUAGAGGGCGAGCGGGACAGACGCCUUUGUGUGAACCUGGAGCGGGCUUCGGCGUUUGUGUUCUCGGCGUAUCUAUCUACCAUUGCAGGGAUGAACAAGGGGAACAAGCGUGUCACAACAAUUCUGAAAGAUACCGAUCUCCUUCAGGCCCAAUCGAUACUUUACCGCCGACUGUCAGCCAACUUGUACGAGACUAAGAAUCCGGGCGAAUACUUCCAUCUCCAUGGCUCGCUCGAAGCUACCACCGCACUCAACAUGAUUGGCCUAGAGGGUCACCGACCUGACAUGACGGACUAUCGGGAGUGCGUUGACCUGAUUGAGAGUCAUGUGAAACAGUAUACAGCGGAAGAGCUAGAGGCUAUGAAUGCUAAGCACAGGCAAGCCGGUGUCACCGCUUUGAAGUGGGAAGACUUCAAGAAUACUCCACACGGCCGUACUCUCUUGCAAGAGCCCCCAUGGAGGGUAGCUACGUUAGAAUCAUCAUCACCACCUGCACCGUUUCCCGGUUCCUUAACCGCCGCGCCCAAACGACAAGUAUUAGCGGGUAUCAGAGUCUUGGAAUUAUGCAGAGUCAUCGCCGGGCCCGCGAUGGGAAGAGGCCUUGCCGAGUACGGAGCGGAUGUGAUCAAAGUCACUUCGCCGCACCUGAGCGACGUGCCCUUCUUCCAGGUCGAUGGCAACCUCGGCAAGCACACCACAGACCUCGAUCUCCGCAAGCCAGAGGACCGAAAGGUCUUUGAAGAGUUGCUACAGUCAGCGGACGUCGUGCUCGACGGGUACCGGCCGGGGUCUCUCAAGCGUCUUGGAUACUCACCGCGGCAAAUUGUUGAACUUACAAAGCACCGCAAUCGGGGUAUCGUCUAUGUUGCGGAAGACUGCUUUGGCCACGUGGGAGAGUGGGCGGGGAGGCCUGGCUGGCAGCAAAUUGCGGACUGUGUGACUGGGCUCGCCUGGCUUCAGGGCGAAUUCAUGGGCCUAAACGAACCGGUGGUACCUCCCUUUCCAAUGAGCGAUUAUGGGACCGGGUGUAUGGGGACUAUCGCAGCUCUCACCGGGCUUUACAAGCGCGCAAAGUACGGGGGCUCCUAUCACGGCACAACCUCGCUUUGCCAAUACGACAUCUAUCUCCUACAGCUUGGCAUCUAUCCGGAAGAUGAGCUACGCGAACUCCGACAGAUGCAUGAUCCUGAGUUCUUCGAGCUUCGCCAUUCCGACUCGGUGGAUGAGGUUGGAAAGCGCGCUCUCAAGUCCAUGCGCCGGACUCAUCCAGAACUUUUCGAGGACCGCCAUCUACAUGAAGGCUUUAGCAGAGCCUUCAAGGCGCCCAUCAAGUUCGUGCGGCCAGUAGUUGAUAUUGGGGGUACCUGGAAUGGGUUCUUGAGGAACUCGAGACCGAAUGGCUAUGAUGCACCUACUUGGGAAGGGUGGGAGAUGGAUGAGGAUAUGCUUACUGCAUGA